CUACUUCAUGAGCCACCAUGUGCAUUAGAAAUAAAUUAAGGAAAAGGUGUAAGAUUUGUUUGACAAGGUUGAGAUCUCAAUUGUUCUAUUUAAUAUUUGUGUAAAGGUUGGCCUGACUUUUCUAGAGACAUUUAGGUUUCCAUUGCACAUCAUGUAUAUUGUAUAACCACCAGUGCUUUUGCUGACUAAUGAUUAACUAUUUAUGAUUAUGUUAUCAUCCAGUCCACGACUAGCUACCUCAUUUCUCAACUACAUAAGCAUUCUAGUUCAGAUUGAUAACAUUAGUCUUCCAGCACCAUAUCAACAAAUUCACCAAAAUAAGCUUGCUACACGUGAGUACAUGUACUUGUAUUAGAUGCCAUUUGUGAGAAGAACCAUUAAGUUAAGUAGCAUUUGUUGUGAAGAUGUCAAAGCUGUUGCUGAUGUGGCUCCUGGUUUGUGCCCAGUGUACUAAAGCAUACAGCACAGACCAAGAUAUACUGGCUAAAAUAGACAACAUGGUCAACAAAACUAUGGCCUGUUAUGGUGUACCAGGUAUGAAUCUAGUGUUGGCCCAGGGAGACCAGAUCCUACUAAGUAAGGGGUAUGGUUAUGCUAAUGUAGCACGCAACACUCCAGUCACAACAAAGACCAUGUUUCUGCUUGCAUCCACCACUAAGGCAUUUGUUGCAACGACCUUGGCACAUGUUGUGGCAGAUACAAACAACAAUGUUACAUGGGAUAGUCCAGCUCGAGAUGCUAUUGGAGACUGGUUCUAUCUGAAUGAUGCUUACAGGACACAACAAGUAAAUCUUAAAGACCUCCUAGCUCACAGAGUAGGCCUCCCAGGGAAUAAUCCAGUUAGGAUCAUUGGUCUAUCUAGAGAGGAGCUAUUGAAGAAAUUGAGAUUCUUUGAGACCACAAAGCCAUUCCGUGAUGAGUGGCUGUACCACAACAUUCUUUAUGGGGUGGCAGGGUUCAUGGCUGAGAAGAUAACUGGGAAGACUUGGGAGGAAAUAUGCAGAGAGAAGAUAUAUGUACCCCUUGGAAUGAACUCUUCCACAUUCUUCCACCUUGCACAAGAAAGAUAUGGAGAAUUUGCCACCCCAUAUAUUAUGUACAAUGGCACUUUGAGGGAGGUAUCCAUGGAUGUAGCAGGGUCCUACUAUGGUUCAAUCAGCUCCCCAGGAGGUGUGUCUAGUAAUGCAGAAGACAUGUCCAAGUGGCUGCUGUUCCACCUGAGUGGAGGCCAGAACCAAGCAGGGGAACAGGUGAUCAACAAGGCACACUUAGAGGACACCUACAAGCCUCUCAUUACCAUCAGGGGCAGGGACACCAUCCUAAGACCAGCAUUCCCUGUCAGUGGCACAUUCAGGGAGAAGUAUGGCUUGGGAUGGAAUGUAGGACAGUAUAGAGGCUAUAGGUCUCUGAUGCACACUGGAAACAUGAAUGGCUUCCACUCGAUGGUAUCACUUCUGCCUGACAAACAAAUUGGUUUCUACAUGUCUCUGAAUGGCCCCUCCACAUCCAGAUCAGGUACCAUCAGAGAGGUACUACAGGCCUAUGCCACUGACUUGAUGCUUGGAGAGACACCAUGGUUGAAUGAAACAACAGCAUGUACAUUCCCUGCUCCAUGGGAACCUUCUAAUUAUGAUAAUGGGGAAGUUGAUGAUGUCUCAGUGGUGAACUAUAAUUCUAGUAGACCUCUAGAGGAAUAUACAGGACUGUAUGGAAACUAUGGGUAUGGGAAUGUCAGCAUUGUGCUCAACACAACAACUCAAACCUUGGAGCUUAUAUAUGGGCCUAAAGGGAGGUGGCUACUGCAUCCUACUGCAAUGGAUGAUGUGUUCACUGGUGAAGGUCAGGAACCAUUCUGGUACUGGACACUGCGCAAUUCCAAGUUCGCUACUAAAGGAGGAAAUGAAAUAGCUACUCUUACUUUACCAGGAUUUGAAAACAGUCUUCCGCCAGUUUUUGAGAAAAAUGUCCAAAUGUCCUCAGCACCAUCGCCACCAGAACUGGGUCCAUGGAGCACAGCUGUGCCACCAACAUGUGCCCCCUGUACGAACAAAGCUGAUUUAUUGUUGCCAACAUAUACACUUUUAUUGCUGGCACUUUACUUUUUAUCUUGUUCUUUUUGUUAAUAAUCCUUUUUCAGUAGCUGGUUUGAUGAAUCGAACACUCUGUCUUUGCUACAUUCAGUGACCUAGAGAAGUGAAGGAAACAGAACUGGAUUAGGCCUAUAACACUGAUGUUGAUAAGCCUAGCUGUCUAUUAUUAUAACUCAUUUGGCGUACAAAACUAAAUGUCACAAUACCAGCCAUAGAAAAAUUCUACUUUCAUUUCAUUUUCAUUUAUUUGUGUUGCUGUAUAUGAAAUAUAAUUCACAUGGUUUCUGCACAAUACAUUGUUCCAUGUAUAGUUUUGUAUGUUCCUCGUACAACCCCAGAAUAGUUCAGUUGAAUUAUACUGGAGUUUGUCACUAAAAUUCACACUCUUACAAAAGUGCAUAUUGUGUUCUUUAAAUGUUGUAAUUGUCAGUUACUCACUUGUCACCAUUCAGUUUAAAAGUGUGAGUAAGUCAUAGAACUGUUGAACUAAAUUUUCUUUUUUAAUUUGUAGUUUCAAUACUUACAAUAUAUUAUAAUUAUCCCAAAGAAUGAACUAACGAACAAACAUUCAUUUCUAGCCAAAGUCAACUACACAUCGUCAAUUUAAUGGUCAUCUUUUGAAUGGUAACAAUGUUAUUUGAAAAAUAGGUAUAUACUUUUCUCUAUAUUGUUUUAGAAAACACAUCAGGCACU